UAAAGUCACUGUUUGACAUUGUAGGCUCUGCCACACUGGAAGUUUCCAGGGAAAAACAUCUCGUGGGGACUCUGUGGAGAAACGGACAAAAGCCCAUUCUGAAAUCUCUCCAAUUGCUCUUUUCACCCCGACAGACUACAGAAUAACGUCCAUGUUUUGCUCUAGAUCGUCCCACCCUUCCAGAGGAAAGGCAAUGGCUGUAGCGGAGUUAGCUGAGGGGCUGGUGACCUUUGAGGAGGUGGCUCUGUAUUUCACCAAGUCAGAGUGGGCUCUGCUGGACCCCGCUCAGAGAGCCCUCUACAGAGACGUCAUGGAGGAGAACUAUGAGAAGGUGGCCUCGCUGGGGUUUCUAGUUUCCAAACCUGAUGUGAUCUCCUGGCUGGAACGAGGGGAGGAACCAUGGGUCCCAGAUCUCCAGGACUCUGAGGAAAGAGAGACCCUGAGAGAUACCUGCAUAGCAGAUGAUGGGAUGGUGAAUGAGGAGGUGAAUCCUCAACAAGACGAUGCUGAGCAAGUAGAAGCACAUGGGACGUUCUCAAAAAGAUCCAAAGGGAAUAUUUCCUGGAGUUGUGCACAGGCAAACGCUUGUGAGAGUCAGAACAGAUCAGAGAAAAAGUUCAGUAGAGACUCAGACCUUACUAGACAUGAGAGAAUCAACACAGAAGGAACACCCUACAUCUGCCUGGAGUGUGGGAAAACCUUCAAACAUAACUCAGUCUUUAUCAUCCAUCAGAGAAUCCACACUGGAGAGAGACCAUACACAUGCCCCGAGUGUGGGAAAAGCUUCAGUCGCAGCUCAAACCUUAUCAGACAUCACAAAAUCCACACCGGGGAGACACCCUACACAUGCCAUGAGUGUGGGAAAAGCUUCAGUUGGCACUCAAACCUUAUCGCACAUCAAAGAAUUCACACGGGAGAAAAACCAUACAUAUGCCCUGAAUGUGGGAAAAGCUUCAAUCGGCGAUCAAACCUUAUCACACAUCACAGAAUCCACACAGGGGAGACACCCUAUAGCUGCCCUGAGUGUGGGAAAAGCUUCAUUUGGAGCUCAGACCUUAUCAGACAUAGGAGAAUCCACACAGGAGAAAGACCCUACUCUUGCUGUGAGUGUGGGAAAAGCUUCAUUCGGAGCUCAGACCUUAUCGGACAUAGGAGAAUCCACACAGGAGAAAGACCCUACUCUUGCUGUGAGUGUGGGAAAAGCUUCAUUCGGAGCUCAGAGCUUAAUAAGCACCAGAGAAUCCACACUGGAGAGAGACCCUUCAGAUGUACUGAGUGCGGGAAAGGCUUCAAUAAUAGGUCUCAGCUUGUCACACAUCGGCGAAACCACACAGGAGAGAGACCCUACUCAUGCCUUGAGUGUGGGAAAGGCUUCACUUCUAGCUCACAUCUUGUCUCGCAUCAGCGAAUCCACACAGGAGAGAGACCCUAUUCAUGCCCUGAGUGUGGGAAAAGCUUCAUUUCUAACUCACAGCUGGUCUCACAUCGGAAAAUCCACACAGGAGAGAGAUCCUAUUCAUGCCCUGAGUGUGGGAAAAGCUUCAGUCAUAGUUCACAGCUUAUCACACAUAAGAGAACCCACACAGGAGAGAAACCAUACACAUGUCCUGAGUGUGGGAAAAGCUUCAGUCAGAGCUCUGCCCUUGUCACACAUCAGAGAAUCCACACAGGUGAGAAACCCUACACGUGCCUUGAGUGCGGGAAAAGCUUCAAUCGGAACUCAUUGCUGAUCAUGCAUCAGAGAAUCCACACAGGUGAGAGACCCUACACGUGCCUUGAGUGUGGGAAAAGCUUCAUUCGGAGCUCAUUGCUGAUCAUACAUCAGAGAAUUCACACUGAGGAGAGACCUUACAGAUGCCCUGAGUGCGGGAAAGCCUUCAUUUGUAGCUAUCAGCUUGUCUCACAUCGGAGAAUCCACACAGGAGAGAAACCCUACUCAUGCCCUGAGUGUGGGAAAAGCUUCACUGAUAGAUCACAGAUGAUCAAACAUAAGAGAAGACACACAGGGGAGUCCCCCUACACAUGCCCUGAGUGUGGGAAAAGCUUCAGUUCACACUCACACCUUAACGCACAUAAGACAAUUCACACAGGAGAGAGACCCUACACAUGUUCUGAGUGCGGGAAAAGUUUCCGUCAGAGAUCAAACCUUAUCGAACAUCAGAGAAUCCACACAGGGGAGACGCCCUAUAGCUGCCCUGAGUGUGGGAAAAGCUUCCGUCGGAACUCAGAGCUCAUCAUACAUCAGAGAAACCACACAGGAGAGACGCCCUACACAUGCUCUGAAUGCGGGAAAAGCUUCAAUCAGAGAGCAAACCUUAUCACACAUCAGAGAAACCACACAGGAGAGAGACCCUACACAUGCGCUGAGUGUGGGAAAAGCUUCAUUCGGAAAGGAAACCUUAUCACACAUCAGAGAAACCACACAGGAGAGAGACCCUACUCAUGCUCUGAGUGUGGGAAAAGCUUCAACCAGAGAGCAAACCUUAUCACACAUCAGAGAAACCACACAGGAGAGAGACCCUACACAUGCUCUGAGUGUGGGAAAAGCUUCAUUCGGAAAGGAAACCUUAUCACACAUCAGAGAAACCACACAGGAGAGAGACCCUUCAGAUGCCCUCAGUGCGGUAAAGGCUUCACUUCUAGCUCACGGCUUGUCUCACAUCAAAAAAUCCACACAGCAGAGAAGCCUUAGUUGUGCCCUGUAUGUGGGAAAGGCUUCAGUCAUAGUUCAUGGAUCAUCACACAUCAGAGAAUCCACACAGGAGAAUAACACUAUACUUGUAUUCAGGAGGGCUGCCCAAAGAUUUUUUGUUUUGGGUUUUGUUUUGGUAAUACAUUGGCUAAUUCCCACAUAUUGGUCUUUAAGGUCGAUUGCACCAUUUCCUUUACUGUAGUCUCUCAGCUCCCUUCUGGUGAGUUGCCACCUUCUAUCUUUUGCAGCUGACCUUACUUUGGGGUGAAUCCUGUGAACAUUUCUAUCAACUCCUUUGUCUUAUGAGUUAUGGGAAUGUGUAUCCCUCUUGACAGAAAUGUCCAUCAAUCCGAGUUGGGAGAGAGAGGGUUGACCUCAUCUAGCUACAGUGAGAUAAAAACUAUCUGUGCCUUGUCUCCACCAGAACUCUACAUUGAGUAGACCAUGUCUACACUACCACUUAUGUUGGCAAAACUUACGUCGCUCAGGGGUGUGAAAAAAACCCACUCCUGAGUAACACAAGUUUUGCCGGCAUAAUUGGCAGUGUGCACAGCGCUGUGUCGGUGGGAGAGCUUCUCCCGCCCACAUAGCUACCACCACUCAAUGGGAGUAGUUUAAUUAUGUUGACGGGAGAGCUCUCGCCCGCCACCAUAGAGCGACUUCACAAGAGAUGUUACACCAGCGCAGCUGCAUCACUACAGCUGUGCCACUGUAAGGUCUCUAAUGUAGACACAGCCUAAAUUGCUCAAAUUAGCUAUCUUGGUG